GAUAGCUGGCGUGUUGUAGGAUUACCGUUGCUUCAUCACAGCUCAAAAGGCAGUGGGUGACACUCCUUUAAACUCUUUCCUUCCCCUCGGAGGCUUCAGAGAGAGCUCUCCCCAUUGGCAUGUCUCUUUUCCCUUCCUAAAAACGAGGUGAAUAGGGAUCUUUUCUUAUUUUUUAUUUUUAAAUCACCUGGGAUUUCAAACUCAUUACUGCAAGGAUGAGGCCCCCAGAGGUGGUGAUCGUGUUUGUGCUGUCACUGCUGGCUCCUGGAGUUUUGUUCACAAUGAACAACUUACCCGGGAUUCAGAAACCUUUUCUCAUCCUGGGAACAGGAGUGGUCAUCCUGGGCUCCGUUCUUCUGCUCCUCCACCUCACAGUGAGACACAACAAAAAAGUGACCCCCUUGUUCUACGUGUUUGCAGAGUUUUCCUUCACCUGCAUGGUGGGCUUGACCAAUGCUUUACAGCAGGACGGCUUCAUCUCUGGCUUCAUGGACUUCUACCUGAGGAUGGGUGAGCCUCAUCUCAGCACUGCCUAUGCUGUGAUGAUGUGCUAUUGGGAAGGGGUUGUGCACUUCACCAUCUUCCUUACAAUCAUCCACCGCAUGUUUGCAGGGAAGUCCUACCGAAGCCUGGGUUUGUUGUGGGCGGGUUCCUCCAUCGGCCAUCAAAUUAUUCACAUUCCAGGAGUGGUGAUCGGUAAGCAUGGUUCUAACAUUCGGCCAGCCUUUUGGAGGAACCUUCCUUUCUUUUUGGUGCCUUUCUGGGCAGCAUUUGUGCUGUUUCGCACACCGAGGGUGAUGCCAGUCAUCCCAGCAGACAAGGUUGCUGAAGAGCAGAAGAAACAUCUUCUGUCUCGACCUGUCGACCUGCUUCUAUCUCUGUUUCUGCUGGGAGUCAUGGCCUUCUGUGUUUUCAGAGCCCUUGUGGUGCUGGACUGUCCCAUGGACGCCUGUUUCACAUACAUCUAUCAGUAUGAGCCGUACCUCAAAGACCCCGUGGGCUUUCCCAAGGUUACGAUGCUGGUGUAUUUUUUCUAUGUUGUGCCCCUGCUUGUCAUCCUCAUCUAUGGUCUGACGAUGCCAGGAUGCAGCUGGAUAUUGGACUGGACCAUCUUCCUUGCUGGAGCAGUAGCUCAGACCCAGUGGUGCCACAUUGGAGGCUCCCUCCACUCCCGCACUCCCUUCACGUACAGAGUCCCAGCAGACAAACGGUGGCCUGUUCUGAUGCUGAAUGUGCUGCUCGCUGUUGCACCAGUUCUUCUGGCCCUUCGCUGCCACACCAACCCAGCCUAUUUUAUGAAACCCGUUCCCAAAGGACAGACCAGUAAUAAGAAGAAGACAAACUAGACCACACACCAGCCGCCGGCUGCCGAGGAAUACGUCAUGCUGUCACAGGGCCAUUGUUUUCUGGGAAUGGCUUUUGCAGCACAGACUGCAUCAAAUACUUUUUUUCCAAAAGCCCAGAGGAAAUCUGAAAGCGUUGCUCUGUAACUCGGUGGCUUGAAACCGGCCACCCCACGCGGCACUCCUUGCAUGGACUGUUGGACCCUGAUAAGAAGCCUGUGGAAGCGAGGACCGAGAUCAGAUCUUUUUUCAGGUGACUCAUGCAACUAUGUACUUGGUGACUUCACAAACUUUGAAAUGUAACCUUAAUCAUAUAGGUCAUCAAUGCACCACUCAAGGAGGGGAGGUCUUUCCAAGCAGGAUGUCAAAUCGCAACUCCAGCUUUUCGUUAUAAUUAGCCGCAAAAAAUCUGAAAUGCAGCAUAAAAUGUAAGUUUAAAAUAAGUUAAGAAGAAGCUUGAAAUGUUUACUUUUGCUGCUGAAAAAAAGGGGAUUUACUCAAACACUGAAAAAGAUCUUCAUACUCAAAAUGCAUGUGUAUUUCAGUUUUUUUAAUAUUAUUUUGAUGAAACUAUUAAAAAAACAAAUAUUUAGGUUGAAAUAGAGUUCACAAAAGACACUUUUGCCGCACUGUGUUUUUUCCCCAAUAAACAAAUCUUUCUUUUCCUAAUGUUCUUCUGGAUUGCAGGUUUUGUGCAUUUUAAAUAAAUUAUUGCUGUGUAAAAAACA